UGUGUGUGUGUGUGUGUGUGUGUGUGUGUGUAUCGCUGUUGACAUUCUGGCCUGCCAGACGAUAUGAGGUCGCACGAAGCAGUCUGAAGCCUAUAAUUUCACUCUAAUGUAAUGCCAUCGGGGUUUAUUAUCUUCCUGGACUACAGAACACCAUCUAAUGUAAUGGUGUAAUUGAAGCAGGUCUUAAGAUGCUGCUCUCUUUGGGGAUGCUGAUGCUCUCGGCCACACAGAUUUACACCAUUUUCACGGUUCAGAUAUUCGCCUUCCUCAAUCUGCUGCCCGUGGAGGCCGAUAUAUCAGCUUAUUCAUUUGACAACAAAACAGAGAACUUUGAUGACUUGCCAGCUCGAUUUGGCUACAGGCUGCCCAGUGAAGGACUAAAGGGUUUCCUGAUCGGAGCCCGUCCCGAGAACGCCUGCAUCCCGAUCGACCCCCCUCCCCUGCGGGACAACCUCAGCAGCGCCUUCAUCGUGCUGAUCAAGCGCUUCGAAUGUAACUUUGACGUCAAGGUCCUCCAUGCACAGAAGGCCGGCUACAAGGCAGCGAUUGUCCACAAUGUGGACUCUGAUGACUUAAUCAGCAUGGGAUCCAAUGAUCUGGAUAUUCUGAAGCAGAUAGACAUUCCCUCAGUGUUUAUUGGUGAAGAAGCGGCCAACUCUCUCAAAGAGGAUUACAUCUAUGAGAAAGGUGGUCAUGUGAUUCUCAUGCCGGACUUCAGUUUGCCUCUGGAAUAUUAUCUGAUCCCAUUCCUCAUCAUUGUUGGAAUCUGCCUCAUCCUCAUUGUAGUUUUCAUGAUCACAAAGUUUGUACAGGACAGACAUAGAGCCAGGAGAAGUCGCUUACGCAAGGACCAGCUGAAGAAACUCCCAAUUCACAAGUAUAAGAAAGGUGAUUCGUAUGACGUGUGUGCCAUUUGUUUGGAUGAGUAUGAGGAGGGCGACAAGCUGCGGGUUCUUCCCUGCUCACACGCCUAUCACUGCAAGUGUGUCGACCCAUGGCUGACCAAAACCAAGAAGACCUGCCCCGUGUGCAAGCAGAAGGUCGUGCCGUCUGACGGCGACUCCGAGUCCGAGUCCGAGUCGAGCGACAGCGAGGAGAACGAAGUGUCGGAAAACACUCCCCUGCUGCGAUCUCUGGCCUCCACCAGCGCGCAUUCCUUCGGCACCAUGUCCGGCUCGCUGUCCCGUCCCGAUGCCGAGUCCUCGGACUACGACGAGCGCAGCGACACCACCGACAGCGAGGAGGAGGUUACCGUGGAGACUGUGGUCGUACAGCUGCAGCAGGGGCGUCCCGACAACAUGGAGGCCAGCGCUUGAGGCGUUAGCCGCCGCUAACUCGAACUCUCAAUGAGAUUCCAAUACGUUUCACCGUCACUUACAGAUUAUCGUCACAAACCUGUUUAAUGUUCGGCAAUACUAUGCAGCGAAAUUUUAUAAAUCACGAUUUCCCCCCAAAUGAAGUGCGCAAAUUUAGCCAACUUGGACGUCACCUUUGGGAAUGUCGUUAGCGCUUGCUGCCAAACUCAUCUCAAACCUGUAUCCGAUCGCGACCAACUGCAUGUUUUAUACGACACCAUAAGACUUUAUUAGCGACACUGACAUCACCGUUUUAGUUUUGAUCAUUAACAGCGGAGUUAACACCAGUCACUCAAGUGAUCUUGGAAGUGUAGUUAGGUAUAACACAUCAUUUAUAUACUGUAAGUAGGAAGUAAGUUGGGUAAGUAGAUUCGAAGGGUUUUUUGUUUUUUUUUGAUAACACAACGUGAACUGUUACCGAUUGUCUGGUUGCCUUUUAAUGUUGCUUUACUGUAAAUAUACCUUUCUGCUCACCCUUGUUUCUAAAUAGUCUACAUUAAUUUCUCUUCAUGAUUAAAAUACUACACCUUUUGCUGUUUGUGUGUCGUUUUGUCAUCCAGCGCUUUGAAACCGGCACAUGGUUUUAAAGGUGCUGUAUGUAAUUUUUUUGACUGCAUAUAAUGCUAU